GAUUUGGAAGGAAAACCACAAUGAUCCAAUUUGGCAGGAAAAUAGCACCAUUCAAUCGCUAGACCACUCAACAAGUUGAUUUCCGUUAAAGAGAGAGAGGCAGGGUGGAGGACAACGAAUCACUUCGAUCUUGGAGUGAAAAAAACCAACAGUCUGGAUGAGAACCAAAUGUGGAGUCACCAGGAGGAUCAGGACGGUCCUGCCUGAACACAAGCUGUAGAACAGCAUGUCUGCAUGUUUGCCAGCAGCAUCAACAGAAUCAUCAUGGAAGUGAAGGAGCGACGUCCGUACUGCUCACUCACCAAGAGCCGCAAGGAUAAGGAGGGCCAAUACACCGGCUCAUCAGGAGACAGUGAGGACUGUGCCAUUGGCUCCCACGGYCUGCGGGUCCCCACUCAGAAAUCCUACUCAUCAAGUGAAACUCUCAGGGCCUUUGACCAGCACCAAGAUCAGACAAGGUUGCUUUAUGGCACGACUAAAGGGCACAAGGACAUGGUUCAUCGGGAGCAGGAUAAUUACAGCAGACAAGGUCAGCAUUUCCGUCUUCGUCAGCUAGGAGUGUGUGAGCCGCCACCACGCCGCGGCCUGCCGUUCUGUUCUGAUAUUGGCCUUCCCCACCACGGCUUCUCGGUUGGUCCAGCCCAGACCCUGGAUGCUGACGGUCAGGCUGUGACAUCACCAGAGCGGGCCAUGCAGCUGUGGGGUCGAGGAGGUCUGGGGAAAUCGUCCGGUCGCAGUUCGUGCCUGUCCAGUCGCUCCAACUCUGUUCUGACUCUGACGGACACGGAGCACGAGAACAAGUCGGACAGCGACAAUG